AUGGCAAUUGAUCAAAAUCGCCGCGAGUCAAUCAUCUCGCAAGCAUAUGCCCGCGCCGUCCGUUCCAGAUCAAUUUCCGUGCCGGUCCAGUCGGAGAGAUUCCUCGUUGUUGAGUUUUCGGAGAGAUUUAUUCUGCUGAUGGUAAUCAGCACCUUGUUCCUUCUCGCUGGAAUGAUGGCUCUUGGCUUGUCAAGGUCUUCUGAGCAAAACUGCACAUACGAAAUUUGUCAUAUCUUCCAAUCAAAAGGGACUCAGCUUAUGUGGAUCCUCGUUUCUAGCUCUUUUGCCAUGUCCUGCCUGGCAGUAUAUGUGAUAGUCAAAGAAGCGAAAAUUGUGCCAAAGAAUGGGGAAGAAAUUGAAAGUAAAGAAGGAGAUGAUCUGCUGUAA